UGGGUUCGGCCUCUCGAGGCCUCGCAUCCUUUGCCUCGCGGCCGCUGGGCCUGUGGCACUCCCCUCGCCGAGCGGCUGGCCGAGUCGGAGGCGGCGGCGUUCGAGAAGCUGCAAGGGGAGUGCCUGCAGCUCGAGCGCGCGGACGUCUGGUACUCUGCCUUCUCGGCGUGCCAGGUUUGCAGCGGGCGGAUCUUCUCUGCCUCUUCCGACCCGGUAACGCUCCAGUUCGGCGUGUGCGGGUGUGUUGCGGCGACGGUCGCGCCGCCGACGCUCGCGCCCGACCCGGCGGUCCUGCUGGCCAAGAAGGCCCUCAAGGAGCUCGACCUGCUGACCGUCGCCAUGACCGCCGCGCCCCUCCUCCACUCGAUCCUCUCCGCCGCCACGCCGCCCGCCCGGCGCAAGGGCAGCCACCAGAGGCGGGAGCUGGCGUACCUCAGCCGCGAGGCGAUGAAGGGCUGCGGAGCGCGCCGCGGGGCGACGUGCCGCGCGGCGCACCGCCAGUCAAACAAGGCCCGCCGCUUGCGCUAGGCCACAGGGGCUGCUGCCGGCCUGUGCUCUCCCCUCCGGCAGCGCAUCCGCGCUCCGGGGGCGGUGGCGUCGCAUGCGCAUGAGCAGCACGGGCGAGGUGUCGCGCGGAUAGAGGCCGAUGCAACAUGCACACCCAUUUCUGUGCGGGGGGAGGCUAGUCGCUCCUCCGCCGCGGACGGUGAAACUAGAUGCAGCUCGCAGGGAAAGAGGAAUCAAUGCACGAUGGUU